CUAAAUGACGUUAGGUUAAGGAAGAGAAGUAAAUAUUUAAUUAGUAAGUACUUGAAGCUAUAUAUUGGUAUAUGUAAAGGACUAGAAAAAUCGUAAAACAAAAGUGAUCUAAUUUGACCACUAUGCCGACGAUCAGCUCUCUUGUGUUCGUACUCUUUAUGACAAGUGGACUCGCUGCACUUCAUGAGGAAGAUUAUAAAAUAGCAUCAGAUACAUUGCCUGAGGACGUCAGGUUUCGGCCGCCUAUAGGGAAUGGACACGUCGCCACUAACGUAUUUACGGAUACAGUAUACAUGAAUGGUUUAUACAACGGACUUGAGGACAAGAGCAGUAGAGCUAGGAUACCAGCAUACGUCGCUUUUGACAUUAAUAUGACAAAUGACGUCUUAUUAAAACAGAAAUUUAUACUAGAUAUGUAUAACGGUGUGUUUCUCAAAUAUUUACAAACAUCAAAACUGAACGUUACAAUUACCUCUUUUGCUCAUCGGAGCCUCUUUAAUCUUCUUGUUACACAAGUGAAUAUCAUACGAUAUGAUAAUCUGGAAGACAAUAUCACUGUUUAUUUGUCUGGUAAUUAUGGAAAAGAUUCUUCUGAUUUGAUAUGGAAGCAUCAGAAGCUGAACGAAAGUGAGUCAGACAACCAGACGUCAAUGUACCAUUAUGGACAAAUACGAGAACCAGAGUUACCCGACGCUACUCCAUCAAAGUUACACGUUUACCAUACAGUGGUCCCAGACACUUUAACACUACCAUCUGGCACAGAGUCAAUGACAUUAACAUAUAUUGCAUCCCACAGCAACGACCAAGAAGACGCACAUCGUGCUUAUCGAAAUGCACUUCGUCUUGGGAAUCAUCUACUCACAUCGCACAAGCAGGAAUGGAAUAAAUUGUGGGAAGAUGGAAGAAUAGAUAUCUACGGAAACAAAAUAUUGGCUACUAACAUAGCUGCUGCAUUUUACAACAUACUAAGUUCACUGCCUACUAAAGACGAUCCUGUCACGCCCUUUUAUGGUCUUGGACCUGGCGGUUUGUCAAGAGGCGGAUUACUAUAUCCUGAAAGGCCAGGUGGUGGCCGUAAUGACUAUGCUGGUCAUGUAUUUUGGGAUAUGGACACGUGGAUAAUGCCACCAAUCAUGAUGUUUCAUCCUGCUAUGGCCAGUCGUAUGUUGGGAGCUCGUACACGUGUUUUAGAUCAGGCAAAGAAGAAUGCAGAAAGAGAUGGAUAUACAGGUGCCAAAUUUCCUUGGGAGCAGGCAUCUACAGGAAUAGAGGCGACGCCUAGAUGGGCUGGAAAUAUGUCACUUUAUGAAAUCCACGUGACUGCAGAUAUUGCCUACGGACUGCGACAAUAUUUAUACGCAGGGAAUGACGUCAGUAUAAUAACGGAAGCUCGUGGCCUGGAGAUGGCCAUAGAAAUAGCGAGAUUUUGGUACAGCAGAGUUACAGAAACGGAUAACAAUACCGUUGAAAUACUUGGUGUGAUGGGUCCGGAUGAAUAUCAUUUUAAUGUUAACAACUCGGUAUUUACCAACUACAAUGCGAAACUAAGUCUCCAACUACCAGGUUUUAUCAUUGGCCGCUAUAAUGUAAGUGUUAAUGAAACUAUUGCAGCCGAAGUAAUAGAAUUUGAAGCAAAGGCGAACAAAAUGCUUAUAUUGUUUGACAAAAGACGCCAGUAUCAUCCACAGUAUGAGAAUUUCAACUUAUCAGGUUCCAUCAAGCAAUCAGAUGUUGUGUUGUUGGGAUAUCCUUUAAUGAUGCCAAUGGACAGACAUGUCCGGCGUAAUGACUUGGAACUAUAUGAAAAGAUAACUGAUGCUCAAGGGCCCGAUACUGGGACCUGGUCUAUGCAUACAGUAGGUUGGCUUGAACUUGGGGAAGACGAAAAAGCAUAUAAAAACUUCCGUAUGAUGUUCAGAAACAUAAACGAACCAUUCAAGGUUUUCAGCGAAAAACCUGUAACCAAGGAAUCAUAUGGAGGCUGUGUCAAUUUUAUCACAGGGGCAGGGGGGCUUCUGCAAUCAAUAGUUUUCGGAUACGGAGGCCUUCGGUUACAUUCAGACCGUUUGGAAAUAAAUCCUAAAUCAAUACCUACUACUACUUCUUGGCGUCUGAAAGGGAUUCAUUACAACGGGGUUGUUGUUAAUAUCGACGUUCACAAUGACACUGUCUCGAUAUUUGCUGUCAAGCUGCCACGUCGAUUAAAAGUAACAAUAAGCGGUAUAAAGGCAGGACAACUUGAAGUACGCUUAAACGAUCCAAUCGUUUUCAAGAAGCAAGUCGUAAGUAUGCGUGUUCAACAUGAAGGUAGCAAAGACAGUUCUGUUACAACCACAGCCGCAAAUAAAUCUCAAACAACGGCGUCUGCGGCCGAUGAUAUACAUUUUACUCUAUAUUACACUUUAUUAUUGAUGUUGAUCCUGACUUCGUUAUGCUAGUUUUCAUAAGCCAGUUAUCAAUUAUGUGGCUGUACAUUUAUAUAUUAAUUAUGUAUUCUUAAAGACAUUACUUUAGAUGUAUAUAACACAACCAAGCAACUAAAUGACAGGCUCGAUUUUACUGAAUGUGUUUAUGAGAGGUAAAGAAAUUUGCAACACCCUUUAUGCCCCUUUGCACAGGCUUAAGAGGAGUUAUAUUAAAGUAGAAUAAAUUGAGUGGACUUCAUGGUCCAAAAAGAACUAGAAAAUAUGAUAAAACUGUGUUCAAGUCAAAGAGAGACUUUUUACGGUCGACUUUUAAGGGCUGCUGCCAAACUAUCAUAAAUAAAUUAAAUCCUAUUAUUAACAGCAAGUCAACUAUUAUAAUAACUGCAAUGAUAGAAUGAAAAUGGAAUCAAACACUAUCUGUGCUUGUGUGUGAUGUUAUUAAUACAUCAAAUAUACAAAAUCAACUGACCCUUCUUAUCAAUUAACAUUUCAAAUGUACAAGGGUUUUGUGAUUUUUCUUCUAUGGCGUAAACCUUUUUUGUCAAUGAUCUACAAAUAUAUUUAAUUUACUACCAAUGUCAAGCUAUCAGUUUGUAUUUACGGUUGAUGUUUGACAAAUUCAAACACAAGUAUUGAUUGGUCUUUUCGUUAUUCUAGCAAGCCAAUAAUUAACUGGGUAACUGGUAACGGGAAAUGUAAAUAUCGAACAAUAUUCGUUCUAGUCACGAGUCUAACUAGGUAGUUGUAACUUGUUUUUAUUAAAGAAUUCAUAAGAUGGGUACCUGUAACUGUUUUUUGGGACAAAAUUUUAUUAGAUGAGUAGCUAUUCCGUGGUUUAUUAUACGUAAUUGGAUUGGAAACUGUUACUUGCCUCGUACUUGGAACCACUGUUUUUUGCAUUGUAUGGCAAGCAUUGGUGGUGUAAUAUGUUUUAAAUGUCAUUUUACUAAAUAACCAGAAUGAGAGACACAUAUUGAAUAAUUGAUACGCUCAUUUGAAUGCCAUAGAACAAAAUAAAAACGGCGGUUUUAUCGUCUGACUCGUGUGCAACGUCCGUAACCAAAAACUGUAUCAAUAAUAAAUACUUAUCUCAAAUAUCAAACGCUAAUUUAAAAGCAUAUUUCAAUAAAUCAAAUAUUAAACAAUGAAUAUCAUUUUUUGUAAGCUGAAACAUGCAAUGACGUUCAAUUUAAUGGAAACAGGAUACAUUUUAUUAGGCAGUUCAUCUCUUCAAUAAAAUUUACAUUUACAUCGCUUCAUCUCUAAAAUGGACAAUUUUGGCAGUACCACUUAUCUUAUUAUUCAAAGGGUUGUUCUCUGGAAAUUUUCGGACGUGCAGGCUGAAUUUAGUCCGCACUGGUCGCAAAGGCAAGAUGACUUGCCGCCGGCAGUCUAAAUGGUAAAGAACUUCGAGACCAGUUUCUUACAUUUCGUAUUUUAUGUAUGAGCUGAAAUUACUACAAAGCUCCUGUAAACAGAUCAUAGAUUAUUAUUCUUUUCAUUACCAUAGUUAUGGUACUUGUAAAUUUAUAUAACAUGACAAAAUGUAAUGUGUCCGCGAUUUGUAAUUAGUUGCAUUAGAUAUAGGAACUUCUUAGGAAUGUAUUUUGAAUAUGUAGCUUGUAAAUACCGGGCUGACCCUAAUGAAAAUUUUACGUUAUUGUCCAAUUUAGGCCUACGGAUUCAAAGUAAGUGUAGAUUACUACACAAAAAACUGGUGUCAUUGUUAAAUAAAAACAGAUAUUCUGAAGAAGUAAAUGUGUCUGUUUUUCUUUUAUAAAAUAUAAAUCGUUAAUCAUGAAACACUUAAAGCAGAGCAUCCAUGUCACUUCAGGCCAUUAACCUUUUGUCAUAUUUAUUGCAGAAAUAUUACAUGUCCCGCUCAGUGGUGUUAUGUAUUGCUGAGGGGUAUUGAGCCGAUUGAUUGAAUUAUCUCUUAUUUGAAAUUAUUGACACAAAACUGUACAAAUGAGUUUGAGUGAUUUCGCUUUGUAC